CAUCGAGUUAGCUGCUGUAUUUGUUAUAAAUUGUACCCACGCUGCCGUUGCAAGAGAUUCAGAGCUAUCCAUCAUAGAGUCCAUAUCCAAGACCAUAAUACUAGAAAGCAAUUGCGGUUGACAGGAUGUUAUUUGGUGUCAGACUAUCAAACGAAAUAUUCCCUCCAUGGGCAGACUACUACAUCGGUUAUGACAAGUUGAAAAAACUGAUGAAAGAAUCAGCAGUCCCUGAUUCUGGAUCCAAGAAGAAUAAAAAGGGUAAAGAUGCUGAAGAGUUCACUGAUCGUGAUGAGAAUAUAUUUGUUUCAGCGUUGGAUAGUGAAUUGGAAAAAGUUUACACUUUCCAAACAAGUCAAUAUAACCAGUUGUUGAAGAGAAUUGAAGAAGUGGAAAAUAAAGUGAGCUCUAUGAAUCUAGAAGAUGCUGCUGGAUCCAAAGAUAAGUUCGAUUGGACAGGUUUACAAACCGAAUUGGAAAAUAUCCUUAGUGAAUCUAAGGAAUUGGAUCAUUUUGCAAGAUUGAAUUUCACUGGAUUUCAAAAAAUUGUCAAAAAGCAUGAUAGAAUUCAUCCAAAUUAUAGUUCUGUAAAAGCGUUAUUAUCAAUCAGAUUGAAAGAAUUACCAUUCCAUUCAGAAGAUUAUUCCCCUUUAUUACAUAGAAUCUCCAACUUAUAUUCAUUCUUGAGAGAAAACAUUUCAUCAGCUUCAUACCUUUCCAACAUUGGCUCUCAAAGAGGAAGUGCCUCUUUACCAAAUGCUAGUACUUCAGUUUCAAGUGUCACUGCUCAUGAAGAUGCUGAAUUCCAAUCAUUUAAAUUUUGGAUCCAUCCUGAUAAUUUGAUGGAGGUCAAAACAAGAAUUUUAAGACAUUUACCAGUUUUAGUUUAUUCAAAUGAUGAAGCUGAUACUAAUCAUGGUGAUACUUAUGAUCCAACCAUUUCUUCAUUAUAUUUUGAUAAUGGUUCUUUUGAAGUUUACAAUUUGAAAUUACUUAAAUCAAAUGCUUCCCCUACACUAAGAUUAAGAUGGUCUGGUAGAUUAUCUGAUAAACCUGAUAUCUUUUUAGAGAAAAAAGUUGUUGAUAAAUCAGUUAAUGAUGAAAAUUUGAAUGAAGUUCGUUUGAAAUUGAAGGAGAAAUAUUUAAAAGAUUUCAUUAUUAAUGGUGAUGUUGAUGAAUUUAAACAGAAAACUUUGGGAAGAUUCAAAGAGAUGGGUUCAUCUGCUGCUUAUUUACAAUCCUUAGAACAUGAUAUUGAUGAUGUUGAUAAAUUUAUCAAACAAUUUGACUUACAACCUGCUUUACGUUCAGUUUAUACAAGAACCGCAUUCCAAAUACCUGGUGAUGAUAGAGUUCGUAUCACAAUUGAUUCUGAUAUUUUAUUCAUCAGAGAAGACUCAUUUGAUCAAGAUAGACCAAUCAGAAAUCCAAAAGAAUGGCAUAGAACUGAUAUUGAUCAAAAUAUUGAAAAUCCUUAUCAAUUGUUGAGAAAGAAUGAAUUUACAAAAUUCCCACAUAGUGUUAUGGAGAUUAAAAUUAAAAACACAACAGGUAGAAAAGGCUCAGAUUUGAAUGGUAUUAGUAUUCCAUUUUCAAGAAAACAUGGUAAAUGGAUUGAAGAAUUAACCACUUCACAUUUGGUUAAAGAAGUUCCAAAUUUUUCAAAAUUCAUUCAAGGUAUUGCUUCAUUAUUUUUGGAAGAUGAUAGAUUAGACAUUUUACCAUUCUGGUUACCUGAAUUGGAAGAUGAUAUCCGUAAGAAUCCAAAUGAUGCUUAUGAAGAAUUGAAAGCCAAGCAAAAAUCUGAUGAUGAAUACAAGAAAAAAUUAAAGAGAUUCUCAGUCUCACGCACAAACAGUCCUAUUGUGCAAGCUCAAACACAUUCAAAUCAACAGAUUGAAGAGAUACAUGACGCUGACUUGGAAGAUCAUGAAUCAUCAGAUGAAGAAGGCCCUUCAAAUCAUCAUCAAAGAAGUCAUAGAAAGCAACGUGUUGCAAAUUAUCUUCCAUUCUUCUCUGGUUCUUCAAAAUUGAAUGACGUUUAUUCAGAAGAUGAAGAAGUUGUCCUACCACCAGGUGUUCAGCAACCUAAAACUUUAUUAAAACAAGCCGGUCCAGUUAAGGUGGAGACUAAAGUCUGGUUAGCAAAUGAACGUACUUUUAAUAGAUGGUUGAGUGUUACCACAUUGUUUUCAGCUUUAACUUUUUCAAUUUAUUCAUCAGUUUCAAAAGCUCAAUCUGAAUUCACUGCUGAAGUUUUAGCCUACAUUUAUUUUGCAUUAACCCUAUUUUGUGGUAUUUGGGGUUAUGUCACUUAUAACAAGCGUUUAAGCUUGAUUAAAUUAAGAGAUGGUAAACAUCUAGAUGCUCCAUUAGGUCCAUUAGUUGUUGCUGCUGGUGUCCUUGGUGCUAUUAUUAUUAAUUUUAUUGUUGGUUUUAGACAAGCAGCCUCAAGAAUCAAUAUAAUGGAGGAUCAACAAUUACAUCCAUUAAUCAGAGCAGUUAAUGAAUACAUUUUCAGAUUAGUUGGUGCUAAACAAUAAUAUAAAGACACAAGUACCAGCUUGUAUAAUAAAA